GACGGAUUCGUCAACAACAAAAAAGUAGUUUACUUUUUUUUGCAUUUUAUGUUGAAAUUUCUUAUUCACGUCUUGUAUAAUGGAAAUAUGUGAAGAAAAUAUCAAAAAAUUAGCUGAAGAAAAGAUCUUCUUAGGUAAAAAUCUAAUAGAACAACUCGAUCAGUACAAGACAAUACCGGGUGCCCAGAAAAUCCAACGUAAAAUCAAUCAAGAGAUCAAAUUCUUACAAAAGGUUGUAUCAACGAACUCCAUCAAAUUGAAUCAUGUUAUGUGCAGCAAUUUGACCCAUUACCAAUUUCUGGUGAAGAUUCUCGAGCUGCAGAAGGAUGUUGUCCAUAUUGACUGUGGAUUCCCAGUAGAAGAGCGCAACAACCCACUAAGGGUUGAUAUUGUCUGCGAAAAUGGACUGAAAUGGAUAAAAGCGAUCGCAAGGAAUUCCAAGUCAUUAACAGACGCAGCCAACGGUCGUGCUAGCUACGGAGCAAAGAGCAUUAUUGACCAAGCUGAAGAAUUCAUAUAUGCAGCUAAUCAAAACCUCUGUAUGUUCCGUAAGCCCAAGGUGGUAUUUUACUUUAGUCAUGAAAUCGAAAAUGAAAUACUCGAAGACAUGAAGGAAAUCGGUGUAGAAGCAUUGUCCAUAACAAAUCAACAACCACUUCCAGGUGAUGUCGGCGUUCUUAAUGAUGAAGACAAUUCAGAAACAGACUAUGCCGACGUUAGUACAUUGAAUUUAGACAUUACAACUAUGCUAGCCUAUAUCAGUUCCUUAACCAACGGAAGCACCAACUGGAGUUUCAGAGAACCCAUUCUCACCGAACAGGCUAAACGAGAACGGGAGUCCCCCCUCAAGCCAGUUUUGGAUAAAAUCUUUGAGGGUAAAAGAUUGAUUUGUUGUGAAACUGCCUUUCAAUCCUUCCAAGACAUUGUAAAUCUACUUGCUGGUGAUAUGGAAAAACAACGAGCUAAGGAACUAAUGGAAAGAGUUGAAAUACACAAAGAUGUUCAAGAGAUUCCGAAUGAAGUAUCUGUGAUAAAUGUGGGUGGAAAAAUAAACCCUAGAAGUUUGAAAAUUUUUGCUUUUGGCAUUACAAUGAAGGCAUUGACAAUAACUUCAAAUAAGGGUUUCAUUAGGUCAGCUAAAAUGCAGGGUAUAAAUGUCCCGGUUUUCAUUCAUCAAGCAAGAGCUUUAACUGAAUCUAAAGAAACAACUGCCCAACGUUUAUAGUGAAUCUAUCGAAAUUUAAAUUUGUUAUUAAAAAAAUUGUUUAUUUGUAUAAAUUUAUUCUGUAACGAGAGAAAACAAUAAAAUUUUCUUUGUUACGUUA